GCUUCACAGUUUUGUUUUCCUAUCGCCCGGUAAUCAGUAAACAACGCUAGCCAAAAGUGGCCGCAAUUCGUAUCGGUCCCGACUGUAAUACACGCCUUUUGUAAUGAAAAUAGCGAUCGAAGGAUGUGCUCACGGUGAGCUGGAAAAGAUAUACGAUCUGAUUGGUUCGAUACAGGCGGAGCAAAACAUUGCGGUAGAUCUGUUAAUAUGCUGCGGAGACUUUCAAUCUACGCGCAACUUACAGGACCUGCAGUGUAUGGCCGUUCCGCAGAAACAUUUGGAUAUGUGCAGCUUCUACAAGUACUACAGUGGCGAGAAGAAGGCGCCCAUCUUGACGCUCUUCAUCGGUGGUAAUCACGAAGCGUCCAACUAUCUGCAGGAACUACCCUACGGUGGAUGGGUAGCACCGAACAUCUACUACCUCGGCUAUGCGGGGGUUGUCGACUGCAACGGUAUACGCAUCGGUGGCAUUUCAGGCAUCUUCAAGGGGCACGAUUUCCUGAAGGGUCGUUUCGAAUUCCCACCGUACGAUGAGGCCAGCAAGCGAAGCGUUUACCAUCAGCGCCAGAUCGAUGUGUUUCGGUUGAAGCAACUAACGCCCACUGUCGAUGUGAUGCUGUCGCAUGACUGGCCCCGGGGUAUCACCAGGCACGGGAACGUGCAGCAGCUGCUACGCUUUAAGCCAGCGUUCCGGGAGGACAUUGAGAGCAACAGGUUGGGCAGUGCACCGUGCGAAGAUUUGUUACGGAAGCUGCAGCCACCGUACUGGUUUGCGGCCCAUUUGCACUGUAAAUUUGCCGCUCUGGUAACACAUUCCGAGGGAAAUGUUACAAAAUUUCUGGCCCUGGACAAAUGUCUGCCAAAAAGACGGUUUUUGCAGAUUCUGGACAUUCCCGCGGAGCACGAGGGUGGUGACGACGAGAAGAAGGAAGUAAAGGAAGGCAACGAUGCACCUUCGCCCGUUCGGUUGAGGUACGAUCUGGAAUGGUUGACGGUGUUGAACCUUACCAAUCAUCUCAUUAGCAUCCGGACGUCCAACGGCUACAUGCCGGGUGAAGGAGUGUCCGACGAGCGAUUUAAUUUCACACCAUCUGAGGAGGAAAAAGCGAAAGUUUUGGAAAGAUUUAAUAACGAUCUUACCAUUCCGGAUGAUUUUGUUCGUAUAGCCGCCUCCUAUCAGCCGGACGAAGUCGCGAUGGAUAUGGGAUCAGUCGAACAGCCGCAAGCAUUUUUAAACCCACAAACAACGGCCUUUUGCGACAAGCUAAACAUUGAUGAUCCAUUGCGGCUUGCAAUGCUAAUGACGGGGAAGAAACUCAACACAUCCACGUACGUUGAUCCACAGCCUGAGAAGAGUGCUAAGGAGAUGCAACAAUCGACGAAUAAGCGAUUGUCACGGGUUUCUAACGCCGAUGAACUAGACGUGGAUGAAGACGAAGAACAGAACGAGGAUAAUGGUGAUGAUCGAAAGGAAGACAUGGAAGCUGUAAAAAACUCACCAACAGUACAGCCGAAACUUUCGCUCUCUUCCGUGUUGCCACGACCGAAAUGGAGACAGCCGGAUGCACCAGAUUCGGACCUUUCGACAACGCUGAACGAUUCCACGCCCAACUGCAGUGGCGUGAGCAAUCCAACACCACAGAAACUGGGCGAUAACAGUACAUCCACCUUGUCGGAAUCGGUUCUCGCCGUUGAUGAUCUGAAUCUGUCCAGCCCUCAGCAGCAAACCUCGGACCUGACAAAUCCGACCCCGGUCAAGAAGUUCAAGCGAAGAAAUGAAACGAUCUACGCCAAGGAUGAUAGCGAUUGAAAGGAGAAAACAAGAAAAUUAGGAUCUUUGUACAAAAAAAUGGCAAGAUUUUGUAAAAGACGACUGAAACAAAUAAGAAAAUUAAAGAUUUGAAGCGAAACUAUUAACUCUA